AUUUUUCCAUCACUUUAGAGUGACAGCUUCAGUUCAGUCUCCCCUUUGGUUACUUAACAGAAAGAAUGUUUGGACUGGAGCUUGUUUUCGGCUCUUUGACAGUCAGUUUUUUAAUCGGACUCUUCACGAUUGUCCUUUUGUAUUGGUAUACCACUAGGAACCAUGAUUACUGGGAAAAGAAAAAUAUUCCAUAUGUUAAACCGUUGCCACUAAUUGGAUCAGUUUGGGAAACGAUGAGGAAACCCCUUCAUGAAGUUGAAUACGAGCGAUACAUGAAACUGGGACCUGUAUAUGGUCACUAUGAAGGAAAUAACGCACAUAUAUCCAUCGGUGAUCCAGUUCUACUGAAGGACAUAAUGGUCAAGGAUUUCAGUUCCUUCACUGGAAGAAGAGUAUUAAAUACUGGAGACAAAAUAGUGGACAAUAUGCUUUCCGUUAUUCGAGGAGAGGACUGGAAACGUGUGCGAUCUAUUGUGACGCCUACAUUUACCACCGGAAAGAUAAAAAGGAUGCUGGGAAUUUUCAAGGAAUGCACUGGAACAUUGAUGGACAAUUUAAAUGCUCUAGUAAAAGAGGGAAAGCCAGUUGAUUUAAAAAGAAUGUACGGCACAUUUGCGAUGGAUGUCAUUGCCAGUUCUGCCUUUUCCACCAAAAUCGAUUCUCACAAUGAUCCGGAAAACAAAUUCGUUCAGAUGGCUAAAACUGUCUUCAACCAAGAACUUGGUUUCAAGCUUAUCCUCUUUCUUGUGGCUCCUAAACUGAUAAAACUAUUGGGUGUCGGUGUUUUCGCCACGGAAGCUUCAGCUUUCUUCAAAGACAUGACGCUCAAGAUUAUCGAAGAGAGAAAAAGAACGGGACAAAAAAGAAACGAUUUCCUUCAACUUCUGAUGGAUACAGCAAAAGAAAUAUCUGACGAACAGAAAGGAGAGUCAGCAGAGAAAGAAAAAGGAGACAUAGCAUCGAACUAUGAAUUAACAGAUGUUGAACAGCAGAUAUUUAGAACAGUUACAUCCAAAAAACUCUCAUUGGACGAAUUAGUGGCCCAGAGCGUCAUCUUCUUCGUGGCUGGCUAUGAUACGACAGCUUCUACACUUUCUUUUGCGACUUACCUUCUCGCUUUGAACCAAGAUAUUCAAGACAGGUUGAGGGGAGAAGUGGACGCAGCACUGGAAGAAAACAAUGGUGAACUCAGUUAUGAAGCUGUACAACGAAUGAAGUAUCUCGAUAAUGUUAUAUCGGAAACUUUGCGGUAUUAUUCAAUCGUUAUAAGGUUAGAACGGUACGCUGACACAGAUUAUACACUAGGCGACACUGGAAUUACCAUUGAGAAGGGCACGAUAAUUUCUAUUCCAGUAUAUGCCAUGCACAGAGAUCCCAAACUCUGGCCUGAUCCAGAGAAAUUUGAUCCAGACAGAUUUACACCUGAAGAAAGGGCUAAGAGAGAUCCUUAUGCUUAUUUGCCUUUCGGUGCCGGACCCAGGAACUGCGUUGGGAUGAGAUUUGCCCUCAUGGAGAUUAAGAUUUGUCUGGCUCAUGUCAUCGCUCAUUUCAAGAUCGUCAGAAGUCCACAAACAAAGGUCCCAUUGGAAUUUAAUUUGGGUCAGCAAGGACUUUUGCAACCGAAAGAAGUUAUGGUAGGAAUGGAGGUCAGAAAAGAUAGUCCCCUAUUGAAGUGGAAAUAAGAUUUCUUAGGAAAAAAAAUUUAUUAGCUGAUUCAAACUGUUUUCCCGAAAAAUAUACCAAUCUCAUAAAAAUGACUACCUCAUAAAGCAUAGCUUGCUUUUCCUUCUAUUUUAUAUUAUUAUUUUUUAAUGAUUACACUGCAUCGAUUUUUUUAUAAUGUUUAGUUGUUGUUUAACUAAUCUAUGCUGAUCUAUGGAUUUUUAAUUUUAUAUUUUAUAAACUUUGGUGUUUUUGACGAAAGUUUAUUGGGAUUU